CCCCUCAGUCCAUCCCACCUGCGUGUAUCAGCCAGGCUGGCACAAUGAACUGUCUCACUGCAGGUGCUUUCUGUCGACCUCCCUCUUCCUCUUCAAAGGCUGGUGUCGUCCUGGCUGUCCCCCAAAGUGGCUGUGGCCUAGCGGACUGUCCAGCUGUGAGUGUGUCCUUCCUCUUUCUCUCUUCUGCCCUUCCUUCAUGUCUCGCUGGUGGGCCUGCCUUUUGGUGGGCUUCUCUCGCUUUCUCCUUUUGGGGGGGGCUUUUGCUAAAAGCAGAUUUUUUUUUUCAUUUGCAGCAGAGGAAAAACAUACAGAGAAAAAAUAUUUUCAGAAUAUUUCCUUGAGAUGUUAGCUAUAGAAUCAUCUUGACCAUUUGCAGUCAUCUACGUUUCAAAUACUUAAAUAACUCUGAGCAUCUUGUCUUAGCAGGAGAACUUGUUUAAAGACAGAACUUGCUUUGUAUAUCCUUUUUUGGGGGAUAAUCUUUCAGGGAAACUUAAGCUUCAAAUACUGUUCAUCCAACUGAAGUCUGAGGCUGAAUACAAUUAAAACUGAGUAACUUGCUUUUUUCCUUUCUUGAUUUUUUAAAAAUCAACUUCCAUGGAAACUGGCCUCAUACAGUGGGAUGGGUUUAUCCAACUGAGGUCCCAAAGCACUAGUUGAUAACUUCUCCACAUCUUUUAAGACACAGAGGUAGGGUCCCUGUUGUGCAUUUGGAAACUCCCCGACGUCAGCGUUAAGGAAAGACGGUUCCUUGAGGAAAAGGGUGAGGCCGGCUGGAGGCUUUUCUCUCGGACCCAGCGGCCUCCCAUGGCCACGAGUGAGAUGAUCGUGCGAAUGUGGCAGUAGCUGUAUUUUACAGCGGGUUCGUCAUCUUUACAGCUCACUCCAGCAGCAAGGACAAGACCAACCCCAGGCCACUGGUCUCUUCCAGCCUGUUGCUUUCAGCAACAUGGGCCGUCCUGUUGGGUAAGUGGAUCACUCAGGCCUAACCGUCGAGGAACCACUUGUCUCCCCGGCUCCAUGCUGUUGAAACCACUGUGACUCCUCUAGGGUGUGCUAACUGAAUGGCUUUUGUCUCAAAAGCACGUGGCUCCCUCCAUGGUCAGCACUGAUUUCCCAGGAGCAAGAUGAGAACGGUAGUGCAGAGCUGUGGAGGCUCAGAGUCCAUCUGGAGUGGUUCGCGCUCCUUCUGUCCACAUGACCUUUUCUGGUUUAUGAACCAAGUAAUGCUCGUGGACUCUAUCGGCACCAUGAAGCUGAGUCUUCAGAUCCCAGGGGUACAAUUCCUACUAUUUUAUCAUCUGGCUAAAAGAAUGAGACUUUGCUUCCAGCAUCUAAUACACGUCCAGCAAUUUCCCUCCCAACAGGGAAAAAAAUCUUUUUCCAUCUUUAUUUCUUCCAGAAGGUUUGUGUUUAUCUGGCUCAGAGACAAGUUUUAAUUUGAAGUUUCACAAAGUUAUCUUCUGUGACAGGAAGGUUUUCCCUUUCUUGAAAUAUACAUGUCAUGUCUUCAUUGGCAGGAUUCUGUGGGAAAUCUAAGCCUUUCACAGUGACCUCCCUGUGAGCUGCCCCAGUGGGCUGUAACUUUGCCACUGGGACAAGCAUUUUAGUGUGAGUUGGGUGAGAGUUUACUGAGCAGAUCAUCAGUUUCAUUUACUUUUUCUUGAAGUACAGUCCCGUCUGUCACAGGAUAGUAUUUAUUCCCUUCUGAGGAUAUCCAAUUAAGCUACUAUGACUCAAAUUUAUGCACCAACUACUGAAGCUAGUGAUGCAGCAAUUGAAGAAUUCUCCCAAUGUCUUCAGUCUGAAAUUGACCAAAUGUGCCAUCAAGUGGUUUAUUGGCACUUGGAACGGAAGAGUCGGAAGCCAAGAGGUAGGCACGCACAUAAGCUCUGCUGUGGAGUCUGCCCUGACUCAGAGCCACCCUGGAGCGCCGGGGCAGAGCUGCUGUGGCAUCAGUUUCCAAAAUUCUACAGUUCACGCCCCCUUGGUUUCUGCUCAUUCAUUGCAGCCCCAGCAUCCUCCCACUUCCUCCCGGUGCUUCCUGUUUCCAGCUCACCUUUCCUCACCCUCUGCACUUUGUCCCUUUGAUCUUCAGUGCUUAAUUGUUCUAACACGGGGUGUGUUCCAUUCCAGGCCUGAAGGGUGACUAAGGGCCAGAGUCUAUUUGACCAGUAAGCCUGGCUCUGCUUUAUGAUUUUUGAGCGUGAGUCUCCAUUUCCCUCACUCUACCCAGGACCUCCUAAGGUGGUCCCUUGGAGCAGUCCGUGUUGGUAGCCGGGCACCAUCUAGUUCUCUGGCUUCGUGCUUGUGGAGGCAGAUGUUCGGGUUGUUCCCAGUAUUGUUGAGCCCAGCCCUCCCGGUGAGUCUGUCUGGUUUCUCACUCUGCUUUGCUUCGACUGGGGGGACUUACGGCACCUUCUCCAUGGUUGCGUUGAAGACCCCAGUGGCUGCUUGGCAAGCACUCUCACCUCUGAGAGGAGAGGUCAUGCCCUUUUGUUCUGAGAAAUUGUAGAUUUCUCAAAUAUUUUUAAUCCUCCUUCCACCUUUGUUUUUGCUCUAGGAGACUUCUGUUAGUGUGCCAUCAGCUUUUGUUUUCUUGUACUUUUUGUCUCUGUCCUCUUAUUCUACAUUUUAAGAUCGCCUUGACUUUAGGUUUCAAUUUCAGGAGCUAUAUCUAAUUUCCAAGAACGUGUUCUUGCUUUUUACUGCUUCUCCAUUGCACCUGGACUUUUUGUGUGAAAUCCAUUCAUCUCUUCCUAAAUCCGGCAGCUGGUUCUUCCCUUUGGGGCCCUUUCUCGGAAGGUCUCUGCUCCCUCUCUUUCUGGAUUGUUUCCCACCUGGAUCCUGCUCUUUGGAGGUGAGCCUUUGGCUGACUGGCAUGCUGGACGGGAGGAGGAGGAGAAGGGAGAUGGUGCGAUGCUUGGAGAGCUCAGCCUGGAAACCCUAUGGGCCUCGGCAGAGCUUACCUGGGCUCUGACUGUAUUCCCACCAGCUCUUUCAUCUGUUUGCUGUGCUGGGGGCUGCUGUAAGGUAGUGGUGUUAAACCUUGUCGAACUUCAGGGAGAGAGGCAAGAGUCUGCAUCAGCCCAGAGCCAAUCCCCAGGAGUUAGAGGUCUGACAUGUCCCCACCCUUCAGCCUUUUUGCCUUUGCCAGUACCACCCAUCCCUCCCAGUACCCUGUUUCUCAGCUGGGGUGGGGCACUUACCCCAUGGGCCACACAGAACUCACAGGUCAUACAAAUGGUUAUGGGAUUUAUCAGGGGAGAUCGUGGUCUGCUUGGAAGUCACAGGAACAGCUCUGGUCCUCCCUCUGUGCCUCUGCCCGGUGAGGGUAAGUGCCUCUGCCCUUCAACUCCGCCAGGACAUGCCUGGAGGGAGCCCACUCUGCCAGGAAGCUGCCUGCCUGAGGGUGCUCCGCUCUCCCUCUGUGGGCAGGGAAACCUGCCACAGACCCAUCUCUCUCAAGCUGGUCUAGUGGUUGUGGCCUCUCCUGCAGUCUUGCGCGAUCUCUCAGCUGGAGCAGAGUGCCUCCGGCCUUCUUUGGUUCAAGCCCCUGUGGCUCCCCAGGCCUGCUGGAUGAGACCACACCCGCAGCCACAGAAGACACACUUCCAGUCAGUGAGGGUGUUCUGUCUCUCCCGCCUGAAGGCCAGCCUGGCACUGGCAUCUCCUCCCCCCAGGGGGUAAUGCCCACUCACCUGCGCCCUCCCCUGGAGCCACGAUGGACUCCCUUUCCCGCUUGGCGUUCACUGUAGAAGUCGCUGUUUACCCAUACUAUAAACAGGUGACAGCCAUCUUUCCCAAACGUCCCCAGAAACGUUGGUCAUCAGAUGGUGCUGUGUGUGACUCUCCGGUAGUUUAGCGGACCUCGUGGGAGACAUUUCCGUUACUUCCGGAGGCGGAGCUUCACACGUGGGCCGGCGCUGGACGCGUCCCUGCCGAGAGCUGGCGGGCAGGGCCUGGGCGAGCCGCCCCGGAGCUGGCCGUCGAGUGGAAGCGACGGGUGCCCAGCCUCCGCCCGCGGUGCUGGGGAAGCCAGCGGAGCGGCCCCUGAGAGGCUGCUGCUCUGCCCCUCCCUCGGUGUCUGUGCUGCUUCUGGAAGAGCGACUCCAUAGGCUGGCCUGCCUGGGGACCCUGGCAACCUGGCCAGCUUCCCCAGCAGUCCCCACGUGCCGGGGCCCCAGGACCGUGAGAGGAGAGGCCCAGCCCAGUGACCCUGGUGUCCAGCAGCACCCUGGGCCAUGCACUCACUGUGGGGGCUCCCGCCAUGGCAGCUCCCAGGCCCCAUCCAGAGUCCUGAGGCCUGAAAGGUGGGCAGAGGGGCUCAGGAGUGGCCAUUGUGAUUGGCCUCUGUGUGCCCCGCCCCUGGUGAGGUGCCAGGGGCUAAGACUCUGCUGUCUGGGCAGUUAGCUCAGAGCCUGGACUGAGGCCGCAGGUCCCUGCGAGAAGGCCCUGCCCUCCACCAUGGCUGAGCACCUGGAGUUGGUGGCCGAGAUGCCCGUGGUGGGCCGCAUGAGUGCCCAGGAACGGCUAAAGCACGCCCAGAAGCGGCGAGCCCAGCAAGUGCGGCUGUGGGCCCAGGCCCAGAAGGAGGCUCGGGGCAGGAGGGGCCCCGGGGAGCGGCAGCGGCGGGGCACAGAUGGUGGCCGGCCCGAGAAGCGGGUCCUCUUUCCCCCCAGUGUAACCUUCCUGGAGGCUGCCGCACGCAAUGACCUGGAGGAAGUCCGCCAGUUCCUUGAGAGCGGGUUCAGCCCCAACCUGGCCAAUGAGGACGGCCUGACGGCUCUUCACCAGUGCUGCAUCGAUGACUUCCGGGAGCUGGUGCAGGAGCUCCUGGAGGCUGGGGCCAAUGUCAAUGCCUGCGACAGUGAGUGCUGGACGCCCCUGCAUGCUGCUGCCACCUGUGGCCACCUCCACCUGGUGGAACUGCUCAUUGCCCGUGGUGCUGACCUCCUGGCGGUCAACACUGAUGGGAACAUGCCUUAUGACCUGUGUGAGGAUGGACAGACCCUGGACUGUCUGGAGACAGCCAUGGCUGAUUGCGGCAUCACCCAGGAGAGCAUUGAGGGCGCCCGGGCAGUGCCAGAGCUGCGCAUGCUGGAGGACAUCCAGAGCCUGCUGCACUCGGGGGCCGAGCUGGACACCCCCCAGGACCAUGGGGCCACGCUGCUACACGUUGCUGCUGCCAAUGGGUUUGGCGAGGCUGCCGCGCUGCUGCUGGAGCACCGGGCCAACCUGAGCGCCAAGGACCAGGAUGGCUGGGAACCGCUGCAUGCAGCAGCCUACUGGGGCCAGGUGCACCUGGUGGAGCUGCUUGUGGCCCACGGGGCCGACCUGAAUGGGAAGUCCCUGUUGGAUGAGACUCCCCUGGACCUGUGCGGUGACGAGGAGGUGCGCGCCAAGUUACUGGAGCUGAAGCACCAGCGGGACGCCCUCCUGCGGGCCCAGGGCCGCCAGCGCCCACUGCUGCGACGCCGCACGUCCAGCGCGGGGAGCCGUGGGAAGGUGGUGCGGCGGGCGAGCCUGACCCAGCGCUCCAGCCUCUACCGCCAGGAGCACGUGCAGGAGGCCAUAGUGUGGCAGCAGCACCCCCCCACCAGCCCGGAGCCCCUGGAGGAUGAGGAUGGCCAGACCAAUGUGGAGCUCCAGCCCCCACCCCUUGAGGAGGGUGACCCCGAGGCCACCUGCCCUCAGAAUGGCAGAGUGGGGAGCCCCCUGGGGCCACGCCUGUACUCCAAGCGCUUGGACCACAGAGUCUCCUACCAGCUGAGCCCUCUGGACAGUUCCACGGCCCAUGCCCUAGGGCGGGACAAGGCCCAUCACACCCUGGCUGAACUCAAGCGCCAGCGAGCUGCUGCCAAGCUACAGCGACCCCCUCCUGAGGGCCCUGAAGCCCCUGAUGCUGGCCAGCCUGCAGACCCGGAGCCCCCGCAGGCUGAGGGGGACACUAGGGCUAGUGGGGACCCGCCCCUGCUCAAACUGACAGCCCCCACGGAGGAUGCCCCUGAGGAGAAGAGACCCUGCUGCCUGCUCAUGUGAGGGCACCCCUCACCAAGCAAGGGGUCCUGCUGCAGGCUCGCCUGGGAUGCCCACCCAGUGUGCCUUGGUGCUGUGGGCAGGCGGCCAGCGUCGGGCAGAAGCCCUAUCUGGGUGGGGCUGGGGAAAGACCCUGCUGCUUGUCUCUGUGACUGUUGAUAAAAGGCCGCCUGUGCCUGUUC